AAAAUUUUGGGCUCUACCCCCACAGAGGAAAGAGAGUGUCUCCGAGCCAUGGACAUUGAUGCCACAAGAACUUACAAUACAGAUGAGGCAGAGGAUGAGGAUUGCACAACAUCUGCCUAUUUUCAAAACAGAGGAAAUAAGGGAAGAAAAAGAAAAAAGCCACAGUUCUUCAGAGAAUCAAAAAAGAAAAAAUGUGUGUUUGGGGGCGAGCAGGCUCAUUCUAAUGGGGGUUACAAGAACUGUAAGAAGACGUCAUUGAGCUCCAGAGGUUCUACAUCUUGUGUUCCUCCAGUCAAGCUAGGAAUUGGGAAGAGGCCUGGAAUUAUGGCGCCACCAAAGCCCAAAAAUAGACAUUAUCUUAAACCGGCCUACUCACUUUUGUAAUUUUAUUAAAGUCCUUUUUUCAUUUCUAUGAAAAUUACUUAUUUUGAACGUGCUAGUUUUGUUAACAAGCUGUAUUUGUAUUAUACAACACAUUCUUAAAGGUUUUAAUAAAUAUGGACUGUUGGAGUCACAAA